AUGAACACGAAGUUGAAAGUACCACUCUGUAUGAAGUGUCUCUAUAGGGAUGCAGAAUACUUUUGCAAAACAUGUAAACUUGAUCUCUGUACCUCUUGCAAGGAAAAUCAUGUUAUUGAUCUCAAUACUAAGGAACAUGAUGUAGUCAUUGAUAGAUUAAAGUACGGGGAUUUUACGGUACCCGAAUCUUGCAAAAAGCACGCAGAUAAGUUCUACCACAAGUGGUGUGACCAGUGUGAUACCCCAUUUUGCAAUUCGUGUAAUGACCACAGCAGCCACAAAUUAUCUUCUAUUGGAAAGAUUUACGACAAGAUGUGGAGGGAACACGAAAACCAAAUAGUGAACAUUAGAAGCGAGAUUCUACUCAACAAUUGUGCUCUUUUGAGGGGAAUCAAAUCUGACAUAGAGCAAAGUGAGUGCACUAAGCUAAAAACACAAUACCGAUUAUCUAUGGAGAAUAAAGCCUUAAAAAUGAAAUGUGUAAUAGACUGUGUGCUUAUGGAGAUGACAGUUGUACGAAAAUUAAAACAAUACAUGAAAGCAAAGUUACAUACUGAAACUAAAGCCGUGAAAAGACAUAUUAAUACCUUACAAUAUUUAGUAGGCAAUAGCGAAUGUCCUGUUGUGGCACCUGUCCAGUUUCUCUUAGUUUUCAAGAAAGCUCCUCUUUCUGAAAAGAUGAACAUACCCAAGAACUGUUCAAAACUUCCGCUAUUAUCUUUGAGUCAAGGAAUCAAUAAAGAGCUAGUUGUCAGUUUUUUAAGUGAAAUCGACGUCUUAGAGAAUCGGAAAAGGAAAGUAAGGAAAAAGCAUUUGCUGAAACAGAUUCCAACUGAAUUUUUAAAAUUUAUUCAACAAUCAGUCAUCAACAGAACCUAUCAUAUUUCCUGUGUUACGUCAGAGACCUUCUGGAUUAGUGAUUAUUAUAAACACCUUGUCUUACUGAACCUAGAAGGUAAACCUCUGCACCAACUAAAUGAUAUGAAAGCAUAUGGAGAUGGAGUUUAUACAGUUACAAGUCUUGGUGAACUGAUUUAUGUAGAUAAUAAUGAUAACAUCUGCAAAAUAUCACAGGAAACUGAAACUUACAACCGGAUGAUUCUCAUAAAGAGAAUAAAAGAAUGGGAACCUCUUUGCAUCCACUUCUCCUCUUCAUAUGAAGAGCUGUUAGUUGGUAUGGGAAGUCGUGAAACUCAGACUGCCAUGGUUAAUCGCUAUACCAGUUUAGGUCAAAAAAUCCAAACCAUUAAAGGCAACAACUAUAGUCAAUCCUUGUAUAUAAAACCAAUAUACAUAACAGAGAAGUAG